UCAUGGGGCCCCCGGGCAAUAGGGGAUCAUGGGGCCUUUGUGUCCUUGCCCAAACUCAAAAAAGCCUAUGAAAAAGGUACCAGGGGCAUUUCAUGGGGCCCCCUACUGACCCCAGGCCCUCGGGCAGUGCCCGAGUUUACCAAAUGGUCAGUCCACCCCUGGAUACACAUACCAGGACUUUAGCCAUCAAAUUGACUGUCGGUUCUAGUGCGUGUGGGAAUAAGAGCAUACAACCACUCCAUUAGUGGCUUAGGAUGGUCUUUGUCAUGAAACAUGUUUGCCUAAUAUGAAAGCCUAAGUUAAAGGAUGAUAACACAAGAG